GCCGCGCCCGCAGGACCUCGGCAGGUACGGAAACCGGCGGGGCCCCGGGUGGCAGAGCUGGCGCUAUGGCUCCGAUAGCCCGCGGCGGGGGCUGAAGCGGCGGAGAGAGGAGAUGACAGGCUCCCUUCCCGGCUUAGCAUGUGGCCGGUACCAAAACUUCGGCGGCGGUGUCCCGAUGGGGAACGGGACAUCCCCCGCCCACAGCGGCAACACCUCCGCCACACGUGACGUGAUCCGGGUGGACUUAUUCUGACCUCGGGCACGGUCCCGUCUCGCCGCAAGACCCGUCCCGUCCCGUCCCGAGGUGACAGCGGCUGCCAGCGGCGAGGACGGCAGCGCUGCGGGGACCUGCCAACGGCCAUGGGAAAGGAAGAAGUACUCAGGCAGGAGCUGGGCAGCCUGCACGGCAUCCCGCUCUUCAAGGCCUUCAUCGAGGCCUGGCCACAGGUGCAGGCUUUCCAAGCGCGGCCAGAUGAUCUUCUCAUCGCCACCUACCCCAAAUCAGGCACCACAUGGGUGAGCGAGAUCCUGGACAUGAUCUACCACAAUGGUGACGUGGAGAAGUGCCGGCGGGAUGCCAUCUUCAACCGGGUGCCCUUCCUGGAGAUGAAGAUCCCCGAUACACCGGGUGGUGUUGAGCUACUGGAGAAAACCCCGUCACCACGGCUAGUGAAGACCCAUCUUCCAGUUCAGCUUCUCCCAACCUCCUUCUGGGACAAGGGCUGCAAGGUCAUCUACGUGGCCCGCAACCCCAAGGAUGUCGUCAUCUCCUACUACUACUUCUGCCAGAUGGCCAAGUUGCACCCUGAUCCUGGCACACUGGAUGAGUUCCUGGAGACCUUCAUGGCUGGCAAAGCAGCCUAUGGGUCCUGGUAUGAGCACGUGCGGGGCUGGUGGGAGAAGAAACAGGAGAAGCAGCUCCUCUACCUCUUCUAUGAGGACAUGAAAAAGGACCCACGGAGGGAGGUACAGAAGAUCCUGCGGUUCCUGGGCAAGGAGGUGACAGAGGAGGUGCUGGAGAGGAUUCUCCACCACACCUCAUUCCAGGAGAUGAAGAAGAACCCUGCUGCCAACUAUGAGACCUUGCCAACUGCCCUGAUGGACCACAACCUCUCCCCCUUCCUCCGGAAAGGGAUGUCUGGGGACUGGAAAAAUCACUUCACCGUGGCCCAGAAUGAGUGCUUUGACCAACACUACCAGAAGCACAUGGCAAGCUCUGACCUACACUUCCAGAUAGAAGCAUGCUGCAGGCCGAGCUUUGCUUCCUCCCUGCCGGAGCGCCAGACCAAGCGGCAGGUAAAGGAGAGUCCGCGGCCACGGCGAGGGGGUCGGCCCGUUUCAGGGUGCCCCGGCCUUGCAAGCGGAGGCCGUGCGUGGGGGCUGCGGGGGGCUCGGUGGGUCACGGUGUCCCUGCAAGCCCCUGGGAGCGAGGGACGAGACACAAAGCCGCUUUCCGAAAGUCCCAGCGUGGGGAUUUCGCAACCGGCAUCUCCGGCGUUUCCGAAAGCCGGCGGGAUGGCUGAUCUGGACACCUACCUGCGGCAGCCCUGGUGCAUGGUGCAUGGCAUCCCCAUGGUCAGCGCCUUCGCCCAAGACUGGGAGCGGAUCGACACCUUCCAGAGCCGCCCCGAGGACAUCAUGGUGGUCACCUUCCCCAAAUCUGGCACCACCUGGGUCAGUGAGAUCGUGGACCUGAUCCUGAAAGGCGGUGACCCUGAAAAAUGCAAGCAGGAUGCCAUCGUGAACCGGGUGCCCAUGCUGGAGUUUGCAGCCCCUGGGAAGAUGCCAGCAGGCACAGAGCAGCUGAAGGCCAUGGCAUCCCCUAGAAUCAUCAAGACCCACAUCCCAGCUCAGAUCUUGCCCAAAUCCUUCUGGGAAAACCGCUGUAAGAUGAUCUACAUGGGACGCAAUGCCAAGGACGUGGCUGUCUCCUUCUACCACUUUGACCUGAUGAACAAACUACACCCACACCCUGGGACGUGGGCCAGGUACCUGGAGGAGUUCAUGGCUGGCAGAGUAGCAUAUGGCUCCUGGUAUGACCACGUCAAGGACUACUGGGAGAGGAGGAAGGAUCACCCCAUCCUCUACCUCUUCUAUGAGGACUUGAAAGAGGACCUCCACCGGGAGAUUGCCAAGGUGGCCCAGUUCCUGGGGCAGGAUCUGCCUGAGGCAACGCUGGAUGCCAUCACUCGACACACCUCCUUCAAGGCCAUGCGGGACAACCCCACCACCAACUACAGCAUGGUGCCCUCCCAAAUCAUGGACCAGGGCAUCUCCCCCUUCAUGCGCAAAGGCACCACUGGAGACUGGAAGAACUAUUUCACUGUGGCCCAGAGUGAGCGCUUCGACCAGGACUACAUGCAGAAGAUGUCGGGCACUGACCUGUGCUUCCGCACUCAGAUCUGAGAUGAUACCAACAAAUGUCCCCCAAACCACCUCUACCGGUUCCACUCUUGGACACCUGGACCCAAUCUUAAAGGUUGUUUCCAACCAUAAUGAUUGUAUGAUUUGCUUCCCAGCAGCAGCUCCAGCCUCACCCCAGGCUGCCAGCAUCUCACCGGCCACUCCACUCCAGAGGGACUUUCGCAAAAAUAGUUUUAUGUCUGCAUCUUCCUCCCAGAUUUGCACUCUUGUGAAAGUCACUGCAUCGCUACAAAGCCCUGCAGAGCCUUGUCUUAGCUCACAUUGCCCCAGCCCCUUCUUACCCAUGCAGGAUGUGUGUAGGAAAUGCCUAUGAGACUUUUCUUUGCAGAAUAAUAAAGCCACAAUGCGGUGCAGAGGUGUUUCUAGCACAGGACAAAAGUUAUCAGGAGCUUCCACAAACAGCCAGGCACAACCCAGCGCUGAAAUAGGGACUAUGAGAUGUGAAACAGCUCUGCUGUGCUUCAGUCAGGUGGGACCUGUUCAGGAACACAGGAACCAAGACUGAGUUAAAUCCUAUUGUUAAGCAAAAUCCAUAGAGUUUGGCCAUUAAGUACUACAGACCCAACCAAACUUUGGGUGGUGGGUGUCACAGCAGAGUUAGGUCUUACCUGACUGGAUGUGGAUGUGUGAGGAGAAAAUAAGGAGAAAAAGAGAAGGUAGAGAACUGUGAUCCUUCCUUGGAAGAAAUGUUAUUUUAAGUUGUAAUAAAGUAACUGCAAAUGG